UCAUUACGCCAAGAAAGUUGUGCUCUGCGUUACCAUAACUACUUUAUUAAAUAGUACCCUUUCACUUAACAGCACCCCAACACAAUGCCGCCUACGACUUCAUCAUAGUGGGUGGUGGUGCGGCUGGCUGUACGCUCGCCAAUCGGCUGUCGGAGAAUCCGAACUGGUCCGUAGUUUUGCUCGAGGCAGGCGGCGUCGAGAACAUCGUAUUCCGUUUGCGGCUGGCUUUCUGCAAGGCACACACUCGAAUUGGGGUUACAAGUCGGUACCACAGAAACGCGCUUGCUUCGGCAUGAAUAAUAACGAGUGCGCCUUGCCGCGUGGCAAGAUGUUGGGCGGAACCAGCUCCAUCAAUUAUAUGAUCUAUAAUCGUGGUAAUAGACGCGAUUACGACAGCUGGGCGGCUGCAGGCAGUAAAGGUUGGUCGUAUGAUGAGGUGUUGCCGUAUUUUCUCAAAUCCGAGAAUGCACAUUUGGCAGGCCUGGAAUGGUCGCUCUACCACAAUCAUUCGGGUCCUUUGAACGUUGAAGAUAUCGGUUUUCGUACACAAUUUGCGCAUGCAUUUGUACGCGGUGCACAACAAGCGGGGCAUCCGCACACCGAUUACAAUGGCGAAUCACAGGUGGGAGUGUCCUCCAUGAGUUACCAUUGCAUCCCGAGAAAAAUACGGAUUGGUGCGGUUUAUGGACCGUCACUUGGCUGUACUUCUUCCGUUAUGAUCAAGACCAGCACGUUACUGUGAAUGGAAAUCGCUACCGCACAAUGAUCACCGAAUAUGUUUGGCCCGGAUUGGAUGAUAUGGACUUGGAAAAUUGUGGUGUUAUCAGGACGGCGCCACAAACCACACAGCAAAUGUCAAAAUCGAUUUGUUGAAAACCAAGUUUGGUGAACAUGUUAUCUCACGAAAAGGCUCAGUCAAUUGACCGCAUCGGUUGUGCGAUUUGACGCCGAUAGACUAUUUCCUCUGGGGCUACGUCAAAUCUAUGGUCUAUGACAACAAGCCAGCGACGAUUGAUAAACUUCGUACGAAUAUCGAACGUGAAAUUGCAGCAGUAUCGGCCAAUUUAUGCUUGAAAACAGUCGAAAAUUGUGUUCAGCGUCUGGACUUCUGCAAGCGUGUCCGUGGUAGCGAAGCAAAUCGAAUGUACCGCUCUCAUUGAAAAACCCUUUAUAACCUCUUAAUAGGUGAUAUAUCGUAAGUGUUAUUGUCUGUAAAUGUAUGAACUUGUUAACUGAACUUGAAGCUAAUGAAUUAUAACUCAAAAGUUUGAAUUCAAUCAAAUUGGCGACUCUUUUACAAGAAUACAUGGUAAGUUAAUUUUUGUCUUUAUAGCCGAUGGUUCGAUGAUGUUGGACCAAUAAUGAUAACACUAUUUUACUAUUGAAUAAAUGGAGAUUCAGCGUGAAAAGUCAGCAACAUUAUUCUAAAUAUGUGAUUGUGUAAGUCUGCUGAUUUCAUGAAAAAGUAACAGUAAUAAACUUUGAUACGCUCACCUUUUCAAUGAUUUUUAGUACGAAUUUUAGCUUUACUUCAACAACGAGCAACAAAAAAAUCUUCAACAGUCCCUCAAAUAAAAAUACGUGUUUCUGUUUUAAAUUUUAGUCUUUCAUUUAUUUAUUUAUGCCGUACUGUUUUUUUUUUCAAGUCGAAAUUAUUAAUGAUCUAAUCAUUAUGAUGCAUGUAUGUAUGUAAAUAUUUUAUGAUUAGUAUAAAAGAUUACAUA